CACUCUCCUCAUUCCCUCGCUCUUUCUUAUUCCCUUUUCUGUCCAUCUUUCACACACUAGCAUCCCUAUCUUCUUUACCCCCCCUCCUUCUAUCCAUCUUUCACUUUUCCCUUGUCUCUUUACCUCUGUGGACGCAGAGGUUCAGGCGGUCACUCAAACAGACAGAAACAAGCUUGUUCCUCUGCUUGUUUCUUCUGCUCUCGCUCAGUUUUGUUCCACCUUUGCGAGCCCCCCACCCCCCACUCCACCUUCUGUCUCUUCCUCUUCCUCCUCCCUGGCGUGGUGUGUGAUGCUGUGUCCCCUCCUCUCUGUCCUGGAGACAUGCCUGUGCAGGAGAUGGCGGUGAGUCCUGUCAAGUCCCUGUACUGGGAGCCGUUCCCCCCCAUGUCGCAGCGCCGCGUCUACUGCACUCCCGUCUACCACGAAGGCCUGCUCUACGUGCUGGGGGGCUGCAGCGAGACGGGCGCACCCCUGGACAGCGUCGAAGUCCUGGAUGUGGAGAGCCAGACGUGGAGCCAGCUGCCGCCGCUGCCCACUGCGCGGGCGGGGGCCUCGGCCGUGGCCUUGGGGGGCCAGGUGAUGGUGCUCGGGGGCAUGAACCAGCAGCAGACCCCGCUGGCGUCCGUGGAGAUGUACCACCCCGACGAGGGCAAAUGGGAGACGAAGGCCAGCCUGGGUCAGCCGUCCAUGGGAGUCACCGCUGUGGAGAAAGAUGGAAAGGUGUAUGCGCUGGGAGGUAUGGGAACCGACACAACGCCACAGGCCCUGGUGAGGGUUUAUGACGCGGAGAAGGAUCAAUGGCAGCCGAUGACAUCCAUGCCCACGCCGCGGUACGGAGCCACGCCCUUCGUAAGAGGAAAUAAAAUCUACAUGAUGGGUGGUCGUCAGGGAAAGAUGCCUGUGACGGCGCUGGAGGCUUUUGACCUGGAUAUGAAGAGCUGGACACGUUACUCCUGCAUCCCGAGCCGAAGGGCCUUUUCCUGCUGCGCUUCCAAUGAGCGAAGUCUCUUCAGCCUGGGGGGCCUCCAGCAGCCAGGGCCGCAUAACUUCUACUCCAGGCCUCACUUUGUCAGUACCAUGGAGGAGUAUGAUCUGGAUCAAGGUAUCUGGAUCAAACCCAGCCGAACAUCCAGGAUGAGGGAGAAGAGGGCUGACUUUGUGGCAGGAUGCCUGGGAGGAAGGGUAAUCGCAGCUGGUGGUCUAGGUAAUGAACCAUUGCCGCUGGGCACGGCGGAGAGCUACAACCCUGUGAAGCGUCGCUGGGAGUAUGUGGCGCCCAUGCCCACUGCACGCUGCUCCUCUGCCCUCCUGCAGACAAACAGCAUGCUCUUUGUCAUCGGCGGAGUCGCCCAGGGACCGAGUCAUGCUGUGGAAGCCCUCUGCUUACCGGAAACAGUGUGACACAUGCACACACGCUAACACACACACAGGAGUGCAAACUGGCAUUGAUAUUUUAUUCAUGUGUGUGCAUAAACACAUGAAUUGGUUCCACAGAUCGCAUUUAGAUACUUUUCUACCUUUAUGUCCAACUGAUGGAUUCCUAUUGUACACUGGGAUGUAAGAAACAAUUUUUGACAUUCAACAAGCAUUUUCAACUGCAGAGACAGUUUGUGACAGAGCUGGACCAAUACAAGAUUAAAGCGAGGACAGAACACUGACAGCUUUUCUACACUGGGGAAAUCAGAGAGAAAGAAAAGAAUGAGCAAAAAACAGACACACACACACGGUGUCUGAAGAAACAACACGCCUUUGAACUGUUGAGUAUUUUUCAGAAUUAAAGCAGGGUACUUUUCUGGAUAUCAAAGGAAGAUAGGGCCAUAUCUGCAUUUCUUCUAUGCGGCAGCGUCGCUUUCCCUGCUGCUGCGUCAGCGAGCUCGGACACUUUUCUAUGACCUUAGAAACAGUUUCAGACAGUGUCGUUCUGGGAAUGUGUAUGUCUGUUGUGGUUCUUCUGUUUUUGUUGCAGUGUUGUAUAUGUGUGAAAGUUAGCGCUGCAGCUAGCAACCGCUACCACAGUGUCAACAACAGUGGCCCUUGACAUGCGUUCACACUUCAAGCAACUGCUAGUCAGAAGCCCAUCUAUUUUCUACAACCACUGUAGCGUUGGCUGACGUUGACCACAGUCACUGUGUUUCCUUUAUUUGUUGUUGUAGAAAAGCUGACUGUGGUCGGCACCUCGUUCUGCUACACAUCUAUCCGCCCCUGCUUUAACGUUAGCGCCACAGCAAUCAAUCCCGAGCAAAUUACCAAGGCUCAAACGGUCCUUCACACUGUAGCACAAGGAUGUAGUUGCUCGUUGAGUGAAUGCAGAGUUCCUCAUACCUGCUGUACUGAAGCAUCCAGACAUAUUAAUAACCUGAAAUCAGCCUCCUGACACUGUAUAUUCCCCUUGAUUUUUAGGAUUGAUAGUAAUACAUUGUAUUACUGUAUUUACAUAAAAUUAAUGUCAGUCCGAUGAUGGAUGAAAUGGGAAGAGCAUCUCAAAGGGAUGAUACAUGGGCAACAUUUUGAAAUCAGUGUUGGGCAAGUUAGUGGAAAAAUCUAGUCAUUACAGAUUAUAUAUUAUUCUCUGAAAUUGUUUGUAUUAUAUUACUUGACUAAUUAUUCAACAGCAAAAGUAAUUAGUUGCAUUAAGUUACCCAUCCCAGCUCCGUCAAAGGUGCCUUUAAACAACUCCAAAGCCUCCACACCCGCAUGUCACAUCAACUGUAUUUAACGUGUACGGUAUAGAAAUCGGAAAAAUAUGUCGGCAGUUCGUGAAAUGGUCACGUAAUUUAAUCUAUUUGAUUCGUGUACACGGACACGUUUAUCUCUUUUUUUUCGUGGUGAUCAGCAGGUUUUUGAAACUAAUGUAUUUCAAUGGGAAGCAUCUUGCGUGAUCACAGCACGACUACGGUAGCGAGUAGUAUGAAAUGCCGAAAAUCCGCAUAGGGAGGUUGGUUCCCCGUUCUUCUUUUCCUAAACCCAACCUCUGUGGGUCCAUCACGGAAUUUUCAGCGAUAGUGUUCAUUUCACGCCCGACAUUGCGUGCUGACCACCACGAAAAAAAGAGAUAAACAUGUCCGUGUACACAUAAUCAAUAGAUUAAAAAUUACGUGACCAUUUCACGAACUGCCGUGAGACCGUGUUGACAGUUUGGAGGUAUUUACAGAUGGUUUAAGUCCUGUUGUUAGGGUGACACUGCUGUUCACACACUCUCCACCAAUAAACAAAACCCAGGUGAUUCCUGAAUGUGGGUUUACCAGUGGCUAACGUUAGCUAGCCAGCAAAGAACACACAGCUUGUAAAUUAAGACAACUUGAAGUUAGUGGAAGACACUUUUCACAUCUUUUGGCUGCCUUACAACACGUCCAGCUCUUUCGCCAGGCUAACACAUAACGCCGCGCUCUUUCCACUGAAGGCAUGAGACAAAACUGAUUACUGACUCCUGGCCAAAUUGUCAAAGAAACAAAGUGUAACUGGGAUUAGUAAAUUGUAAUCCCUUACACUCAUUGUUACUGGAAAAGUAACACAUUACUGUAAGACAUUACUAAGUAACUACUGCCCACUGUUAGCAUGUUAGCCAAAACAGUAUGUGACAUACUACACAUAGUAUAACAUACUUUUAUUUUGAAAUUCCUUUUUGAUUUUAUUUCACACACAUGCAUCAAAUGCAGAGAGAUUGUCCCCAAGCCAAGUCCGUAUGGACUGUGCUACUGCCUGACAUUAACUAAAACCUAAAAAUUUGUAAUCUGUCUGUCUGUCCUUUGAUUUUAUCAACAACCGUUUAUCCGAUCGACUUCACACUUGGCAGGUGUAUUGCUGAGGACACAAGGAAGUGCAGUGUCUAGUGUGAGCUCUUAAGAUUUAUUGGACAUAUUUAUGAGUAGUUAUUUCCACACUGUAGUAUUGAGAAUGGACCCCUAUUUACUGUUACACCGCAAAACAGUAUGCUGGGUACAGCUCGCUCUCCGUCGCUCAUACAGUACAUUCAAGAACAGAUGAAGAAAGAGAGACCGGAGAUGUUAUAAACUUAAACAUAAACAAUGUAACUUUCAGAAUGAACGCUUCCUGUUCCCAGAAAUAGCCUGAUCUCAAAUAGAUAGCUUUGAUCAAAUGACAUGUAUACUAGGGUACACAUCUAUGUCAUGGCAAGUGUGUUGCUUAGGACACAAGGAAGCAUAGUGUCGAGUCCAGUGUGAAGUUUUUUUUGGAUAAACGGUUCUCGGGAAAGCAGCAGUACCGGUGACCAAGCAUGCGGCCCAUUCCGAGCAGGCACGUUUUGAAUGAGCACUGCACAGAUAAAUGGCAAAGAAUUAUGCUGGGAGUGCUUUGAGAGGUUUCUAUGGACACAUGUUUUUGCCAUGACUCCAUUGGAAUCUAUUGUAACUGCUGUGAAUCUAAGUUGACAACAGCUACUACAAACCUUUUAGAGGCACCUUUCAGUCCUACAGGUUGAGCAGCUGAUACUCAAAAGAUGGACUUUUUGUUUGGGCUGAGGUCAGGCUUUGUGUGCAAGAGUUAGGAAUAAAAGAUGAUGGAGGUUAGCGGCUGUGCAGAAUGUUUUGUGACAGAUUCAGUGACUUCAGUGACAGCAGACGAGGUCGGGCAUGAAACGAACAAAUGACUCAGUGCAGUGUGUUACUGUGUGGUAAGCUGCCUCUGUUGGUCUUUCUUAUUCUGCCAUACUGGUAGCAUUUUCAAAUAUAGACAGCCAUCAGCUCCUCCAUUCAGACUACUGUAACACAGAGGAGUCAAUCGUGGCUCUGUUGGUUUGGUCCCAGGUUCUUUUACAAAAAUUUGCAUUAUUAGGCAAUUGAUUUACAAGGUUAACUGCUCUUGCCUGUAGAAUACAGGUGAUGUUAGCCACAACAAAAUGUCAAGUUUAUUUUAAAAUACCAGAGUUUAUUUGAUGACUGGAUGAUUAAAGGUAGGAUGUGCUUCAAAAUGAUUAAUGACCGUGAGACUUGCAGUAGGAAAGAAAUUGGAAAAUUAAAGCCAGAUUGGAUCGACAGCUAUGAUUGGACAAUUUAACAGAUAAUGGUCUAUUUUACUACUCGAACACACACACAAAACUGAGAUACAAUAUUGCAGCCUUAUUGCACGGUGCAUCAUUUAGAGACAACAUUCAUCUGCUACAUACAAACUAUUUUAAAUAACUGAAUACAUGUUGCAGGUGCGUGACAAACACACCAUUAUGUCACCCCAAAACAGGAAACUUAUUUAAAACAGACUUGUAUCCAUUCAUACAUACGCAACGAGAGAGAAAAACUUAGAAAAGUUAGUUUGAUUAGUUAGAAGCACAAAUAAGGAACAGUACAGGAAGAGGAAGCUAUCUCUGACCCCUAAUAUAAGCAUUGUUUCACACAAACACACACACACACACACACACACACACACACGCUAAAAACACACAUACACCAUUUUCCCUGUAUUGCCCAACUUCAUAUACGUUUCUGGUCUGCACCGUGGCAGACCUUACUAACCGAGUCAGACAUCUUUUGCUGUGAAAGAGCACUGAACCUUCUGGAGCUCAAAUAAACGCCAGUUGACAGUUGGCUAUUUCUGGUGUUGCAUUGUGUGCAUCUAAUUGAGUGUGUUAGGUAUAAGCCACUCAGAUAUGUGCAUGUGCACACACACACACACACACACACACACACACACACACACACACACACACACAACGUACACACUUGGACGCAGAGCCAAGCACAGACCUGUAAACCUGAGUGUAAGAAUGCAGUCACCCACUUGCACAGUUCUAUCUGGCAACACUCACAAAAGCUUGGAGACAACACGGAGAUCAUUUAGUCAUCCAGCUCUGCUGGUUGGGGACUGUGUAUCUUCUACUCCAUCCAACACUGAAUCAAUUGCUGUGUUUGUGUGUGUGUGUGUGUGUGUGUGUGUGUGUGUGUGUGUGUGUGUGUGUGUGUGUGUUUCUGUGUGUUUGUGUGUGUGCUCUGUUUUUGGUCUCCACCAACUUCUAAAGGAAAUAUCUGGCUCUUAAGCUGCUAAAAGCUCCACUAUGUUCAACAGCUAAGUGUCUGCUGAGCAGGUAGUAUAAAGUGUAUUUAUUAGAACUUUCUAGCUAAAACAUAGCUGCCCACUAUGACUGGAAACAAGGUUGAUACUGAUAUACUGAACCAAAAUAGUAAAGUUGUGGGCUGCAAACCAAAACAAUGAUUUGAAAGAAGACCUUUUACAUUUCACAUAGUCAUUUCACAUAUUGUUAAAAAAUUUAUAUGAAUGUAGCUUAUAGUAGCUUGUUUGGUUUUUCACUUACUCGACACAAGCUGAAAACACAACAUCAUAUGUGCCGCUGUGCUUUAUUUGCAUUUGUGUGAUAUUGACUGCAUGUGAUUGUUAUUAUGCUUUUGUGUGGGUGCAUAUGUGUGUGUUUGUGUAAAUUCUUGACACAAAGCCACACUCACCAUCUAUUAUUGUGUGAGCUGUCUGGAGGAUAUACAAUGUCUCCUCUGCAGUCUUUCGGUUUCUCCUUCUCUUUGAUACAGUUUACAUGCCACACUGCAGUCCCCGAGGAAUUUUGGGACUUUGCCAGAGCUUGCUCUCUCUUUUGGUUGUCUGUUUUUCUUCUUCUUUUUUUUUUUUAGCUUUUCUCGCUCACUCCUAGAGAAGAUGCCUCAUAUAUCUCAAAUUUCUCUUUCAAUAGAAAGUAUGCCUCGUAAAUGUGUUUAUCUGGCUCCGGAUGUGACCUACAGUACGUGUCAAGCUGUUUACUCUUUGGAGUGAAAUCCCUCUACUGCUUCUGAUGACAGCAGGUUGAGAAACGCAGAACAAAAGAGCAGGAUGCUUCAGUGCAGGUAGCAGCUAAUUACAUGCUUUACUUUUUUUAGCAGGCCAUGAGCAGAUGAUGCACAAGCAUAUGUAAAUGUGUUCUUACAGGACUAGGUGAAAGCCAGAAUGUAUUGAGGACCUGCUUUCCAAGAAAAGAGCUUUAAUAUGGUUUCUAGGUGUCAUUUUUCAAACUGAGUCUGAGAAAUCGGCAGAACCUGAGGCACAGGGCAAUUUUACAAGCAAUAAGCGCCCUACAAUUAUUACACAGGUUUUUAAUACCCCACAGUAUAGAGCAAAGGGACUGCCAACAAAUGUGCAAGUACAACCUUCUUUUUCAGGCACGUUUUUAUUAUCUGGAGCAAACAGACGUGACUUGCAUUGCCUCAAAAAGUUGCCUUGUGUAUCAUUACCUCUCAGACAUCCGUAGAUACAGUAUGUGUCCUCUUGUCCAAGAUACAGUACAUUCAGGGCCCUUUUUGGUGUAGGCACACUGUGCAUGGCACACUCUGUGCCUUAAUUCACAAAAAAAAGGCCCACAGACUCAGGUUCUGACAAAACAUCGGGGGUGCAUUCAGCACAGAUGGGGGCGGAAGAUGCUGAAUUUACACUGUUUUCAGUUUUAUGAAUCCAAUGCAGAACUGUAUCUUAUAUGACUUUUGUUUUUCUUGUUGUGCGGGCAAACUUGAACACAGUUUCCCGGACAACAGGGAACAGUGUCAACACCCGCAGGUAGCAUAAAUGUGUUCCACUUACAUUAGCAUACCAAUGUGUUCUUGCUUUUAUUUCCCAUUUGGGCCUGUAUUUGAAAAAUAUAUCAAACAUCCCCAUCAUAAUUAUCUGGUAUCCUGGUUUUUAGGUAACCAGGAUUAGAUAUAAUUGUUUGGGGUUUUAUCCGUUACUUGUUCAUGUUUGUUCAUUAUUUUGUCAGUUGUUUGUGCUGUGGAUUGAGGUUGUGAGGUGACAGAUGUGUUGUGGUGUUGAUCUGAGCUGGGUUCCCCAAAGUGUUUGUCGCUAGUUAUGUGUUCUUGCAAAGCUUCGCUUGGGUGGACGUUGCAGCAAAUAUUUUCUUAAUAGAAUUAUAUACAGAAAUCUGUUUAUUUUCACCAUGUGAGCACAGUUUGUAUAAUACUGGGAAUGAGGAUUAUGUAAUAUAUACCACUAUCUAAUAUAUGGUUCUUAAGUAGAAAUGCCUUCGAAGGGUUAUAUAUGACACAAAAGACAAGAGAGAUAUUUAGAACAAACAAGCUGGCAUGUUUUAUUUCUAUUUUAAUUUGUUGAGUGAUUCAUAACUAUCUGGGGGGAUUUCACGCCCAAAUGGUCAUCAGCAAAAUAAAAAACUAAAUCAACUAAAUCUCAACACAGAAUAAUUAUUUUUUAAUUCUGUGAUUGAACCAAGAUGCUAUCUCAAAACCCGUUUCACUUGAGAACCACAGGCCUUCAAUGCUGUGCGUCAUUUUAACUGACGAGUGUUAAAGUGAAACUAGUUUGUACAGACAUUUUGGGAAACACAAACCCAGAAUCCCUCUCUCUGCUGUUCUAAUCGCUGUACUGUGCUGUUUCCCUACAGUGAUUGACAUGGUAGGAACCUGGUAAACUGCUUUGUGGUCACAGUGGAUCAGUAUUGCCAUGUGCUCUGUAUGUGCUAAUGUGAUUUGAGAGGUGAAGAAAUGUACUGAAGGUGAUAAGAAAGAUAGAAAACUAAACAUAAGGACGGUUGGACUCGACUCACUCAGAUGGCACGUGUGUGUGUGUGUGUGUGGGCAGGUGGAAGGCAGUGUGUGUGAAACACUAAAAAGUAAAAAAAAAUAUUUAUGUUAUUACUUUACACUUUGUAUUUUAUCCUUAUAAUGACUGGGUAAACAUUUGGACUUCACAACACACUAGUCCACUAUUAUUCAGAAUAUGACAAUAUUCUGAAUUUGAUACAGGUCAUGUAAACAGCAUAUUCCAGUUGGAUAUUCUGAAUAAGGCCUUUUUCCGAAUAUAGCAUUUUCCGAUUAAGACAUGUGGGAUAUUCCGGUAUUAUUCUGGUUUUAAAUUUAUUCUUUGGACAUGUAUACAGCACAUUUGGAAUAUGCAUCUCAAUGGCGGUUUGACCGCAGUUUACGGCCUCUUGGCUGUUUACGGCCUCUUGGCUAUUUACGGCUUAUGGUCUGCUCUGUGUGUUGCUAUGGUUGCUGUACACAAACCAACCAGCCAACAGUUUGCAAGGCUGCAGACCCGAUAAGAAGGAGAAACACACCUACUUUUAAAUAUCAGAGACUUGGAUAUCAACAGGUUUUUGGAUAUGUGCACACAUCGCUAUGCCGAGCUUUUCAAGAAGCUGGUUGAAGGAAUGAAAGAGGGACGCUGUGUUUGCACGGUCCGCUGGUAAACUUUUAACUAAUGUUUUUUUGCAUGUAAACAGGAAUAUUAGUGGAAUAUUCACUUUCAUUAGCUAUGUAGCUUAGUCGGAUUAUGGUCUUUUUCGGACUAAGGGCAAAAAACGGAAUAUUAUGCGCAUGUAAACGUAGUCUGUUGACUAGAGUCAGAUAUGACCCCAGUUUAACAGUACUGAGAACAACCACCAAACAAUAUAGUAUAAUAAUAAAUAACAGAAACAAAUAAAUAUGGAGCCUCUGCAGGACCAUAAAUUAACGCUUAAGGAUGGUGCUUUUGUUUUUGGCUCCAGGUUGACAUUUUUAUUAUAAAGCAUAUGUUACAAACAGGGGGCAUGGAGAUUAUAAGACGUGAGCAUUUAACAGGUAGAGAAGGUCCACUGAGAGACAUUAUUAAUUUUCUUUUUGAAAAUUGUGUUGUUGUUUUUUAGCUUGACCCAAUUUAGGGACUGAAAAUCAGGAUAUUUCUCUUUUUUUUUAUCUGGCUUUGGUGAGAUCUCCAAUUUAAGAUGGGGAUAUUUUUCGGGAGAGGUCUCAAAUAAAUCGUUAACUCACCCAAUAGCCACAAGCUGUUGCUUGUACAUCUUUGGUCCUGAACAGAUUUAAGAGAUGCAAUUAAUUGAUUAGUUUAAUUUAGAGGAGUUCUUUUAACCAAUUUUAAAUAGAGCCACAAAGAUAGUCACCUCCUGACUCUAGCUUCACACUUGUUGCACCGACAUGAGACUGGUAUUGAUCUUAUGUAACGCUCGAAAAGAAAGCAAAUAAGCCAAUUUCUGAAAAUGUCAAACUAUUCCCGGGGUCAUGCUGUAGGUGGGCCUAUGACAUAUAUAAUCGCAUACAAGCAGAAACCAAACUCUGGUUUCAAAUACAUUUCUUUACAGAUCUAACUUAAGGGUUAAGCAUUACUAAUCAUGCUAAUUUAAGAUUAUAUUAUGCGCCACAGAUGUACAAAGUUAUUCUAACAUAAUUUGUGCUAUAAUAAUCUUUCUGAGAGAAAAAUACAACAAGAUUAAUUAAUUAAUGUACUUCCUGUUUACAGGAGGAGUUUCUCCUUUUCAUUACCCACUCACACAGACAAAGAGAGUGAAACAAGAGGGGAUAUGCUGGCAUUACUUUUGUUAUUAUAAUUGUUAUUAUAAUAAUAAUAGUAAUCCUAAUAAUAUUUGUUGUGGUUGUUGUUGUACUUGAUCAAUGUGACACUGCAGUGUGUUCUUAAACUGUUGGAUGAAAUGAGUGAACAAGAAAUGUAUUGCGAUGUAUUAGAAAGUCCAGGGCAAGGCAACGCCGAAUUAGUUUAAGGAUGUGUUUGGAUGAUGUAAUGUGCUCAUGGAAAAGCUGCCUCCCCUCACCAAAGCCUGCCAGUCACAUUGUUACACCAAUGAUACAACCAAUGCGUUUUCAAAAUGAUAAGAAGGGUUAGUUUGGGAUUAAAGUUUCAAGAGCAGGCAUAUGAUGAUGAUAAUGUUGCAUGUUAGAACUACUAACAGAACUAGGCUGACUACUGAUUAUCAAGUAUAACCCUCCUCUAUACAAACUUACUAGAAUAAGCCAGAAAGGAGGACAAAAGUCAGACAUAUACAGACAUUCCUCCUCCAUAGUGAGUAAGCUGUCAUAACUGUCACACAGAUUUUCAAAAACAGCCAAAAGUUCAUGCUUUCCCCACUAAAGGUAGAAGUUUAUAAGUGAAUGUAGAAGUCACUGCUGUAGGAUCCAACAUGAGCAUUUUUGCUAGACCCAGCAUGCACCUGUUGGUUACAUACCAUGUGGGUGUGAUUGAUUUCGCUCACUAUGCUAGACGGGUGGUGUAUUAAAUCAGUGAAUAAUUAAAGGUAGAAUAUUUAGUGAGUGUUGCUUACUGUUUGUAAAAUGUUCAAAGUUGGCCCCUUCCUCCCCGGCUUAAAGCCAGAGAGAGAACGCAGCGGUGGUCGAGCAAGCUUGAGAGUGAACAAAGACAGUUAGCGUGGUCCAAAGCUGUGAAUUACAGGAAUAGGUAACACUUUACUUGAUGGUAUCUACAUAAGAGUGACAUGACACAGUCAUGACACAUCAACCCUAAACCUAACUCUAACCCUAACCC